UCAGAGGCCCCUUCACUCUGUGUGUGUGUGUGUGUGUGUGUGUGUGUGAGAGAGAGAGUCUACUGUAUCAUUGCCUCACUUUGCAGACUCUUAUCUCUCUUCUUGCUGCGAGGACGUGACAAACUUUAUUACAUUUGUAAAACUAUGGAUCAGAACUUGCUGGUGCCUGUGGCGGCGGCCCUCUCCGUCGUGGUCGUGACCGUGUUGUACCUGGUCCUGCGAGGAUCCGCAGGAGAGAAGAAGAAGAGGCAGCCCGUCACUCUGCAGGACCCCAUGGUCAAAUACUCACUUCCCCUCGUGGAGAAACAGGAGAUCAGCCACGACACGAAGAGGUUUCGGUUCGGUCUGCCGUCCGCUGCUCACAUCCUCGGACUCCCCGUCGGUCAGCAUGUGUACCUGUCGGCCAAGGUGAACGGCAGCCUGGUGGUCAGAGCCUACACGCCCGUCUCCAGCGACGAGGACCAGGGAUACGUCGACCUCGUGGUCAAGGUGUACUACAAGAACUCUCAUCCCAACUUCCCGGACGGAGGCAAGUUGUCUCAGCACCUGGACAACUUGGCGAUCGGAGACGGCGUGGACUUCAGAGGACCCAGCGGACUGCUGGUGUACCGGGGACACGGUCAGUUUUCCAUCCGACUGGACAAGAAGUCGGAGCCAAAGGUUCGGAAGUUUAAGCACGUGGGGAUGAUCGCUGGAGGAACAGGUAUCACUCCGAUGCUGCAGCUCGUCCGCAGGAUCACGUCCGACCCGGCCGACGGCACCAGGUGCUCCCUCAUCUUCGCCAACCAGACGGAGAAGGACAUCCUGCUGAGGGAGGAGCUGCAGGAGGCGAAGAAGAGUCACCCCGACCGACUGGAGCUCUGGUUCACGCUGGACAAACCUCCGCAGGACUGGAGCUACAGUUCGGGCUUCGUGACCUGCGACAUGAUGAAGGAGCACCUGCCCGCUCCGUCCGCCGACGUCCUCAUCGUGCUGUGCGGACCUCCGCCCAUGAUCCAGUACGCCUGUCUGCCCAAUCUGGACAAGCUGGGACACAAAACAGAAAACAUCUUUUCUUACUAGUGUCCUCGUUCCCUGUAAUGGUGUGUUCACGAAUCACCGUAUGAACGCUGCUGAUGACAAGUCUGCUGAUGAUUCAACGCUGCUUUUGUCACUUAAGAUUCUUUUUAAUGUCAGUGACACUAGAACAACCACUUGCCAUUUAAAUAUCCAAGCAAAACUUUCAAUCUUAAUAACUUUUUAUACCAGACAACAGACAUCUUUAAAAUCAUAACUGUCGAAAUUAAAUGGAAUUUUUUCUAAAACAAAGAUGGAGUAAAGAUGAAAAGCUAAAA